CCCUCUCUGUCUGCUAGACAACAGCAUUUGUUGCAUUUUUCAAACAGGAAGUGGGAGUUGAGUAAGAAUGUGGUCAUGGGUGACUUGCUCUUUAAAAUUUAGGAUUGUUUUUACAUUUAUAUAAGUUUAGCAAAUUGAUGGUUGCAUAAGAUUCUAAAAGGUGUGAGUGAGUGAGUCUAAUUCUGUCUUUACUGAGUACAGACACAUGAUAACAUAGAAAUCCAUAGUGUUUGUGUUGCUUUUCUAAUAGUGCUGUCAUGUAUUUUAUGUUUCAAACAGCAUUCACUAUGCCUGGCAAAGAGUCCAAACGCAAGGCGGAUGCUGCUAAGCGCAGCAAUCGUCCAGCUCCGCCUAUUCGUAUCGGGAUUCCAACGCACAGCAAUGAUGAUGCUAAUUUUUCUGGAACUGGCUUUCGUCAUCGAGUUCGUCGUUGGCCGACCAGUGUGAUUUCUAACAAAGCUCACAAGUUGGUCCUUCCAGAUGAGAUUCCUGAGAAGAAAUUCAUCCUACUUGUUGGGGACUCCCACUUGAGGUCCGUGGCAGACGGCAUAGUCCCUAUGCCGGUUGGCGGCCUCGCUUUUGGUGUGAUGUCCACUCCAGGAGCUUGUGCAGAUCUUCUGCGCCUUGAGGUUUCACAGGCUGUGUUACCUCGGGAGCCUGAUGCUGUUUGCGUCAUGGCUCCUUCUAACAACCUUACGGCCAGCAGAACAGUUGAAGAGGCAGGGGAUGCAUUUGAGCGGUACCUUUUGGCUGUUCUCAGUCGCUGGCCUAAGGUUUUCUGUACCUCCAUGAUUCCCCGUUUAGUUGGUUCCUGGGAGCGUCAAGACCUGUUUCAGCAGGAGUACCACCGCAGAUCGGCUAAGCUUGGUGUAAGUUAUGUGCCGAUCCACGAUCACCUACCCAGGUACCGUCUUAAACUGUGGUGCCGUGAUGGUAUCCACCUCAGUGAUAAUCACGGGAUGCCUAUACUCACGCAACUGAUGUGGAAUGCCUCCUAUCAGUUCUUGGAGACACACGCACCAAAGCCACUGGUGCAGCACCAGGUGUCUCGUCCGCAGAAAGCGAGUAUUGUGCCCCGUGUGGUUGUGAAGGGUGUGGAACGCAUUCCACCUCCACGCCCUUCCGAAUGGACGUUUGUGAGACCUAGCGGGAAGAGGAACCAUUCAGGGGAAUUUGAAAAGACUUCUAAUUCCCCCAAGAAACGAGUGGUUGUUUCUAAGGCUGAUGACACUUCAGUGGCCUUGAAGGAGUGUUUCAUCCCCCUGAAUCCCGUUAGGUUCUCACCUUCAAUUCUGGCUGCCAUGGACACGAUUGCUCCAGCGGAUGGUCCCACAGAUAUACAAACUACAUCUGUGCGACAUUUUAAGAAAGCAGCUAGGCGUGUCCAGCAGGAGGUUGCAUCCACACCUUGCAUAAAUCCUCUUGCAGAGGUGGAGUCUGUUCGGUCUAGGAAGGAGGUGUUGGACUGUGACCAGCCGCCUUCACCCCACCAUCAGGAGGCAUCUGGUUGUCCUGGGUCUGUCUCUGGGUCUGUUGCUGCCCAUGCUGUGAUGCUUCCUUCUGGCCAUCAUGCGCAUGCAUCACCCAGAGGUCAGUCUGCUAACACCCCUUCUUGCGUGCGUUCACAGGUUUUGCUGUCGUCUCUAGUUCCAGAGACAACUGUUCAAAAUCCUGUUGUAAAUAAUUUUGAUAAAGAUAAAACAAUUUUACACAACAAUGAUACAGUUUUAGACUCUGUCCUAGGAUCAUUUCACCAGGGAGAUGGGCGUUUUAAAUAUGGGGGAGUUCAGUGUGCAGCUAUUACUGUUGUUGCUUUAACAAAGCACAAACAGAAGAGUGUUUUCUCUUGGGAUUUUGCCGUGUUGGAUAAUGUUGUUGAGUUAGGAGAUGAGCUGUACACAGAUUUUCGCGACAACAAGAAGAUUAGAGGUGGACAUGAGUUUCUCUCUGUUCCAGACUUGCCAAAGGAAAUUGACAUGGAAGAACAGCGUUUUAAGCUUGUUUAUGGGGAUUUCGUUUUAGGAGAUGUAGAUGUAGCUGAAGGCGAGUUAAUAGAUGCUGGUGUGUACACUCCUCUCCUGGAUGGAUUGAAGAAGAUGUGCACACAGCAUGAAACUUGCAUUAUGACAUUAAGUGGCAAUACUUGUGCUAUCAUUUGUGAUAAUGGACGUUAUGCUGUAGUAGAUUCCCAUGCACGCUCCGCAGACGGCAUGGUAGACCCGACAGGACAGAGUGUAGUUCUGUACUUUGCGAACCUUGAUAAUGUUUUUCAACAUUUUCAGAGGUUUGCUAGUGAACUGGUGGGAUCUCAGAGGUUAUUUGAGAUCACUGGAGUGGAUAUUGUUCAGAUGGACACAUUUAAACAUGUAUCUGAACAAACAGAUGACAUUGACAUAAACCCUGUUAUUUUUGUUAGUGAUGCUAGUACUAAAGAUUUUCAUUUCAGUCCCGUUUCUACAGACGUGUCACAGGCAUUGAGUAAAUGUCUGAAUGUGAAGUCUGCGAUGGUUGAAUCAUCUCCUGUUCCUUCAUGUAGCACAAGUGUGGUUAACGUUGAUGAUGACAACAGUAUUGUAAACAAUGAUACAAUUUUAAGCUCACUUACAGGAUCAUUUAAUCAGAGCGAUGGGCGUUUUAAAUAUGGCGGCGUUCAGUGUGCAGCAAUAAGUCUUGUUGCUUUAACUAAGCACAACAUACAAAGUGUUUUUUCAUGGGAUUUUGCCAUGUUAGACAAUGUUGUUGUUUUGGGCGAUGAGCUGUACACAUAUUUACGUGACAGUAAUCUAAUAAGUGCUGGGAAUGUGUUUCUUUCUGUUCCAGAAUUGCCAAAGGAAAUCGUUAUGGGCAAACAGACUUUUAAGUUGAAUUAUGGGGAUUUUGUUUGUGGAAAUGUAGAUAUCGUUGAAGGCGAACUUAUAAAUGCUGGAGUGUACACUAGUCUUUGGGAUUGUUUGAAUAAGAUGUGUACACAAUAUGAAACAUGUUUUAUUACACUUGGAGACAAUACUUGCGCUUUACUUAGUGAAGAUGGACAUUAUGCUAUUGUUGAUUCACAUGCUCGUUCUGCAGAUGGAAUGGUUGACCCAAACGGUAAAAGUGUAAUUCUAUAUUUUAGUAGUCUUGACAAUGUUUUUAGAUAUAUUCUGAGGUUUGCCAGUAAAUUAAAUGGAACUCAGAAGUUAUUUGAGAUUAGUGGAGUUAACAUUGUUCAGAUGGACACAUUAAAAAAUGUUUCUGAACAAACAAGGUUGCCUCCAACAACAGGAAAGGAGGUUAGGCGUGAAGAGUCAUUUCCACUCUCGGAACCAAAAAAGUUACAGACAGAUGACACCGACAUAAACCCUGUUGUUUUUGUUAGUGAUGUUAGCACUAAAGAUUUUCAUUUCAAUCCCAUUUCUAGAGACGUGUCACAGGUGUUGAGUAAACGUCUGAAUGUGAAGUCGGCAAUGGUUGAUGAAUCAUCUCGUGUGAUUGGUGAAUUGGGUGUACCAUGCAUGAAUCAAUCAAUAGUGGCAGAUGGAAACUGUUUUUUUAGAGCACUUAGUCAAGCUGUUUAUAGCACCCAGGAAUAUCAUAGAAAAAUCCGUCUUGCUUUGGUCAAUCAGUUAAAAAAGAAUCCUCAAACGUAUCAAACCAUUUUAAGAAGUGAGUAUUCCUCAGUUUCGCAGUACCUCACCUCAUCCAGGAUGCAGUACGUUGGCAGUUGGGCAACUGAAGUGGAAAUUCAAGCUGCUGCUGAUUAUUUUGGCAUUAACAUAUUUACUUACUGUAAUGAUAAAUGGCUUAAAUAUACUUCCAACAGCAUCUUUUCACAGCAGGCUGUUUAUUUGGAGAAUAGUAAUGGUAACCAUUAUGAGACAGUGGUUUGUGUAAAACAACCUAACACAGGAACUUGUUAUGGUUAUUGUGGCCCUGUAGAUAGUGUUUCUGGUAGAUACAAUACUCGACAUGCUGCUACAGAACAUUUAAAAUGUUCAGUAGAAACUGUGACGCUUGAGCCGAGUUCCAUAGAUACAGAUGGUGUUGGUGUUCAUUCAAAUACUUUAUUUACUCCUAUGUCUGCAGAUUUUUGUAAAACUCUGUGUAAUCGGUUGAAAAUUGAUUUUGAGAAACACAAUUCCCAAGAGUCCACAUCAGGUGGGCCUUUAGGAAAUGUGUGUAAGACAGAACAUAUUAUUGAAGAUGGUAACAGUUUUUUUAGAGCUGUAGCUCAUGUAAUUAGUGGGUCACAGAAGGGCCAUCGUAAGAUCAGACUCGCUGUUGUUUCUUAUAUGUCCAAAAAUGCUGAAGAGUGUGAGAAGUUUCUGGGAAAAGAACAUGCUUCUGUGUCAGAAUACAUAAAAAAGUCACAGAUGAAUUAUGUCGGUCACUGUGCUACAGAUGUAGAAUUUAGAACUACAGCCAGUGUUUUAGGGAUACCCAUAUUUAUCAACAAUGGCACAGAGUGGGUCAAAUAUAGUUCUCAAGCUGGUAAUUUCGUCACUGAGGGACUAUAUUUGUCAAACUGUAAUAAUCAUUUUGAACCCAUUAUUUGCAUAAGACUGGGUAAUAAAGAAACAUGCUUUGGGUUUUGUAAAGUUGAUUCUUUGUCAGACAACGUAAACAAAUGCAGGUCAACUAUGAUGCAGGUAAAUGCUGACCCAAACAUGGAAAAGGUAAAAACGAGGAAGAGUUUUUCCAGAUAUUUAAAGCAAAAUAAGGCUCAUGCAGAAGCCUCUAAUUAUAAAACGAUAAGUGCAGUUAAAGACAAAAUAAAAAGUCAGAAGAAAAAUGCAUACAAGGAACAUGUUGCUUACAGAAUGAAAAAGAUCAGCACGACCAAAUUUAAAUACAAAUUUCUUCUUGCACAUAAUGAGAAAGUGAAAAAGAUGGCUUUGUUUAACUACCAUUGCAACUUGUCUAAGAAAGAGAAAGUUAAACAGAGGGCCAAACAUAGGUCCAUUUUCAACUACCAUCAUAAUUUGGCUCACAAAGACAAAGUUAAACAGAGGGCCGUUUUCAACUACCAUCAUAAUUUGGCUCACAAAGACAAAGUUAAACAGAGGGCCGUUUUCAACUACCAUCAUAAUUUGGCUCACAAAGACAAAGUUAAACAGAGGGCCGUUUUCAACUACCAUCAUAAUUUGGCUCACAAAUUCAAAGUUAAACAGAGGGCCGUUUUCAACUACCAUCAUAAUUUGACUCACAAAGACAAAGUUAAACAGACGGCCAAACAUAGGUCCAUUUUCAACUACCAUCAUAAUUUGACUCACAAAGACAAAGUUAAACAGAGGGCCAAACAUAGGUCCAUUUUCAACUGCCAUCAUAAUUUGACUCACAAAGACAAAGUUAAACAGAGGGCCAAACAUAGGUCCAUUUUCAACUACCAUCAUAAUUUGACUCACAAAGACAAAGUUAAACAGAGGGCCAAACAUAGGUCCAUUUUCAACUACCAUCAUAAUUUGGCUCACAAAGACAAAGUUAAACGCAGGGCCAUUUUCAACUACCAUCAUAAUUUGGCUCACAAAGACAAAGUUAAACGGAGGGCCAUUUUCAACUACCAUCAUAAUUUGGCUCACAAAGACAAAGUUAGACGGAGGGCCGUUUUCAACUACCAUCAUAAUUUGGCUCAUCAAGACAAAAUGAAAGAGUUGAGUAGAAAGAAAUACCUUAAUGUUAAACAUAAGACAUGUUUAAUAGAAAGUAUCCAGCAUAAAAGAAUGCUGAUUAAAGUAAAUUCACAAAACUUUGAUUUUGUUGUAGAUCAGUUUUUAGAGAAGGUGAAAGAUGGACCUGAUUUUGUGUGUUGUGUCUGCUCACGGUUGUUGUUUAGACAUCAGGUCUUAAAUUUUAAUCAAGAAUACUAUAGAAAAACCAAAGAAAUGUCACUUAUAGCAGAUAAAUGUAUAAGUGACAAUCAUCUACACAAAUGCAAUGAUGCGUGUAGAUUACCUUGCAAAUUGAAUGUAUGUAGAAAUAAACUGUACAUCUGUUACACGUGUCAUUAUAAAAUUAGUAAAUGUCAGAUACCCCCAGAAAGUUCAAUCAACAGGCUGACUGUUGAUCCCAUCCCACCUCAACUGGCAUGUUUAAAUACAUUAGAGCAACAUUUAAUAGCGAUGAAUAUACCAUUUAUGAAAAUGUUGGCUCUGCCCAAAGGUGGUCAGAAUGGGGUUCAUGGCCCGAUAUGUUGUGUUCCUGCAAAUAUAGUGGAAACGUGCAGUUUGUUACCACGUACCAACAUGGAGGGGUCUUUAUUACCUGUAAAGUUAAAGCGUAAAUUGACAUAUAAAGGACACUAUGAUUAUCAGUAUGUUGACACACAGCAUGUUCAGGAAGCUCUUCAGUAUUUAAAACAUCAUAAUUUGCAUUACAAAGAUGUAGAGUUCAAUGAGUCUUGGAUUAACACUUUUACUCAGGAAGAUGAGUCAUCGGUCUUGGAAGACGAUAGUGGUUCUAGUAAAGAUGAAGAUACUUGCAUAGAUGGAGAAGAUGAGUUAUUGCAUGACAGACAACAGCACUGUAUGUUUCAGGACACCUGUCUCAUGCCAGUAGAUAUAGGACAAGAAGCAUUGGACCAGUAUGUGGAUAACAUAUUAAAUUUAGCUCCAGGUGAAGGUAACAAUCCAGUGAAAUUGCUUUCAGAUUUUACAAAUGAAGCAAAAUGUUUUCCCGUCUUGUUUCCUUCAGGAUCGAAUACUUACUAUGAAAGCAGACAAUUUCGUUUGACUCUGAAUCGGUAUUUCAACAACAGGCUUCUUCAUGUCGAUGGUCGAUUUGCUAACAAUGUAGAAUAUAUAUUUUUUGCACAGUACAUGUCUGAACUAGAGCAAGUUGUGUCCAAAGUUUCUAUAGCUUUGCGUAAAGGUAAAAGCGGUGAAUCUCAGAAGUUGGGUAAUUUGAUACAGGAUCAGGAUUCUUUGAAUAAGCUGUUAGAGUUUGAUGAUGGCUACCGGUUUCUUAAACCAAUUCGCGGCACACCUGCUUUUUGGCAAUCUGCACAGCGAGACCUCCUGGCCUGUGUAAAAAUGUUGGGCAAACCUACUUGGUUCGCAUCAUUUUCGUCGGCAGAUUUGAGGUGGACUAACCUUCUUUAUAGUAUUUUGAAACAGGAAGGCAGAACAGAGACAGUGGAACAGCUGGAGUGGGCUGAUAAAUGUGACCUCCUACGUAGGAAUCCAGUAACUGCUGCCCGAAUGUUUGAUUUUAGAUGGCAUGUCUUCUUAAGGGAAGUGCUAAUGUCUCCUGCCAAUCCCAUUGGUAAAAUAGAAGAUUAUUAUUAUCGUGUUGAGUUCCAGCAGCGUGGUUCUCCUCACUGUCAUUGCCUUUUCUGGGUUUCUGGUGCUCCCAUUUUAGAUAAGAACACAGAUGAGGAGGUCAUUGCAUUUGUUGAUGAAUAUGUGACAUGUGAACUUCCUUCUGAAGACGAUUCACUACAUGAAGUUGUCUCAUCUGUCCAGCAGCACUCCAAACGGCAUUCAAAGACUUGUAGAAAGAAAAAAACUGUUUGUCGUUUUAAUUUUCCACGACCCGCAUCUGUUAGAACUUUUAUUAGCCGCGGUGAAAAGUAUCAAGAUGCAGUGAAGAGUUGCAAGUGUGAUAAAACAGAUAGCACUGUACAGUGUGCCUGUGCGUCUCAAGAUAAAGGUCGUAAACAGGAAAUGGACAAAGAAGUAGCAAGUGCCAUUUUAACUAAAGUGAAGACUGCUAUUUCUAGUGAAGACUGUCCAUAUAACAGUGUAGAAGGUCUGUUUCAGGGCCUAGGUAUCAGUCAGGAACUAUUUGAAAUGGCAUAUAAACGAUUUAGUCGAAAUACACAUGUUGUUUUGAAAAGGGAAGUUAAUGAAAUCUGGAUUAAUCAGUAUAGCAAGUUGCUGUUAAAAGCUUGGAAUGCUAAUCUUGAUAUCCAGUAUUGCGUCGAUGCUUAUGCGUGCUGUGUAUACAUAAUAUCAUACAUGUCUAAAAGUGAACGGGAAAUUGGCCUUCUGCUUGCUAAUUCUCAAAGAGAAGCAGCCAAAGAUGGUAAUCUUAGUGCAAAAGAGGCCUUGAAGAGUCUUGGCAAUGUUUAUCUUCAUAAUCGGGAUGUUUGUGCGCAGGAAGCAGUCUACAGGCUAACUAACAUGCAUCUAAAGGAGUGUUCUAGGAAAGUUGUGUUUGUUCCCACCGGUGAUAAUAUAGUGAAAAUGAGUUUGCCUAUUUCUGUUUUGAGGCAAAAAGCAGCAUCACAGGAUCUUACUUCAGAUGACAUGUGGAUGACCGGAUUAGUUGAUCGUUAUAAGAAGAGGCCAAAUGAUGAUGUGUUCAAUGAUAUGUGCCUGGCUACGUUUGCAUCAGAAUAUCGUGUUUUGAGUAAAAACGAAAAAUGUAGAAAUCCUAUAAAGUUAAGUAAUGAUUUAGGAUUUGUUACAAAAAGAACUCGGACUAAACCAGCGGUUGUUCGUUACGCGCGUUUCUCUGAAACCAAAGACCCAGAGAAAUUUUUUCAAAGCAUGUUGCAGUUGUUUUUACCGUACCGCCAUGAUAGUCAACUUAAGCUUAACUGUGAAACUUUUGAGGAAUUUUACAGAACUGGUUUAAUUAGAUUUUUUGAUGGAACAAACCACUCUGUAAAGGCUGUUGUAGAUUUAAAUCGGAGUAAAUUUGAGUUAGAAUCUGAUCAUUUGGAUGCUGUGAAUAAUCUAGUCGGUGAUGUAAUGUUAGAAGAUGCAUGGUGUGAGUUGUGUCCGGCAGUUGAAAUGGAACGUUUGGAGUGUGUUGAAAUACUGAAAGAAUCAGAACCGACAGUAAGUGACGAGGCAGAAGUAAUCCCAGAUUUGGCUCCAUGUUCAAACCAAACUGCACAUUUAGAGAAGAGAAACACGAUGAGUAGAGGUGAAGGUCUGGCAUUGAUUAGGUCUUUAAAUGAAAAACAGUUUUCUGUUUUUAAUCAAAUCAGGCAGUGGUGUGUAGAUAAAGUUAAUGGUAAUAACCCUGAACCGCUGCAUGUUUUUGUUACAGGCGGGGCGGGCGUUGGGAAAAGUCAUUUAAUUCGAGCAAUUGAGUAUGAAACGCAGAGAUUACUGUCACCAAGCUGUAGACAUCCUGAUAAUGCAUGUAUAGUAUUGGCAGCUCCUACUGGGAUUGCAGCAUAUAAUUUAGGUGCAACAACAAUCCACACUACACUGUCUAUAGGAAAGGAUGUACGCUUACCGUACACUCCUCUGGGUGAAGAAAAACUAAAUUCUUUACGUACAAAAUAUUGUGAUCUGCAGCUCCUUAUUAUUGAUGAAAUAUCAAUGGUAGAUCAUAACCUGUUGUCCUAUGUUCAUGGUAGAUUACGUCAAAUUAAACAAACGGGUGAUUUUUCACCUUUUGGAAAUGUCAGUGUAGUGGCUGUUGGAGAUUUCUUCCAGCUACCUCCUGUUAAAGGGAAGCCACUCUAUUCUGAUGGUGUAGGUAGCAACUUAUGGUCAAGCCUAUUUAAAGUUGUACAGUUAACUGAAGUCGUUAGACAGAAAGAUGCUGUGUUUUCUGGACUGCUAAAUAGAAUCAGAACUCAUACAAAAGGUACACCAUUAUUACCUGAGGAUUUAAAGGUUUUAAAAACGUGUGAAACCGGUGAGGCAAGCUCAGCAUUGCACAUAUUUGCAACAAAUAAUCAAGUAAAUAAUCACAACAUCCAUCAGUUAUGUCACGUUUGUCCUGAUUACAUAUCAAUUACAGCCAAAGAUUAUGUUAAUGAUAAAAGAACAGGCAAACUGAAGUUGUUGGAAGGGAAUCAUGCCAGAGCUUCUAAUACUAACUUGUCAGAAGUGUUACAGUUGGGGAAGGGUGCUCGUGUAAUGUUGUGUAAAAAUGUGGAUCUCAAUGACGGUUUGGUAAACGGAAUUUGUGGUACAUUGACAGAAAUGGUAAUGUUAGAAAAUGACACCUUUCCUAAAAAGGUUUAUGUUCAGUUUGAUGACCAUCGUGUCGGCUUGCAGAGGAGGAAAACCUCCCAGUCUCUGUCAGCAAAUUUAGCUGGAUCUACACCUAUUGAACCCGAGGAGGAAAGAGCCACUGUUAAAGGUGGAUUACGUCGACAAUUUCCUCUUAAAUUAGCUUGGGCGGUUACGGUUCAUAAAGUUCAGGGACUCACUCUUGAAAACGCCGUUGUUAGUUUUAGGAAAAUAUUUGCACCAGGUCAAGCAUACGUAGCACUUAGCCGUGUAACAAGUCUUUCAGGGCUCACAAUUCAGGACUUUGAUGAAAAACGAAUCUAUUGUAAAGAUGACAUUACAGUUGCAGUUAGUAAUAUGACACCUUUUUUGACUCCAAACUCACAGUUCGACAGAUUUAACUCUUCUGCAUUCACUGUGUUUUUAAUGAAUGUCCAAAGUCUGAAUCGACACGUUAAAGACUUAGCUUUCUGCACACAGCAUUUGCAACCUAAUUGCAUUGCUGUCACAGAAACAUGGGUAUCUACAGACAGAUCAGAUGCAGUACAGAUUGAUGGCUAUAGUUUUUACAACUGCCCACGAGGUUUAGCUUAUUCUAGUACCCAUGAGUCUUUGAUUGCUUUUCAAGAACAACAACAUGGUGGUGUUGGCUUUUAUACUGCAGAUGGUGUGGCAUUUAAAAUGUUGCAGGCUCCAGACGUCAACUUGGAGAGUUUAGUGUAUAACUUUGUUAACUUACACAUAGUACUUGGACUCAUUUAUCGACCUCCUUUGUAUCCCCUUUCUUUGUUUAAAGUAAAUUUAACAAAGUUGCUUGAUUGGCUGGAGGUACAAAGCGAGACAUUAGUACUAAUGGGAGAUUUUAAUGAUGACAUUUUAAAAUCAUCAACAAUAUUAAAACUUUUGACUGACAGAGGCUAUGCCCAAAUAGUCAAACAGCCAACAACCGAGAAAGGCACUUUAAUAGAUCAUGUCUAUGUAAAAUCCAACAAGUAUAUAACAGAAGCAUCUGUUAUUCCAACAUAUUUUAGUGAUCAUCAGGGCAUCAUGUGUUAUUUUACACGGCUUUAGUUUACCUCAAAAAGCACAUUUGAUUUGAUCAACACCUAACUACAGAAUUUGUAAUGUAAAAAGGUGUGUGUGUGUGUGUGUGUGUGUGUGUGUGUGUGUGUGUGUGUGUGUGUGUGAUCAAUUUUAGCUUUACUUUUACUAAUAUUACCUUUCCUUACAUGAGCUAUCUCUACUGAGAGCAAAAUCUAUUUCGUUGUACAUCUAUGCAAUGACAAUAGAACAUAUAUAUAUUGUACAUAUAGUCUGUCAGAACUUUUCUAUAUGAAAUAUAUUGGAUGUAUUGUUUUUAAGCAGUGUACAUGUUUCGAUGCUGUUGAGGGGUUGUGCACACUCAGGACAACUUCGCUGCCGCGUUCCAUGUGUGAGAGCAGGGGUUGCAGGACAUUGUGCGCACAGGAGUGUAGCAAGAUUUUUAAACUGUGGGUGUUGAAAUUUCUCUGAUGCAUAUAGGUGAGAAGUGUUACAUUCGCAAACUAUUUCGCUGUCGUGAGAGCAACGAAGGGGGUAAUAACGCGCGGAACGUUUUGGUGUCGUGCAUUUGUCAUGGCACUAGAAUUUCGGGUGUGGUGCAGCACCACGCCUAUGUAGGAAAAACCACUAACUGCUGUUGUAUGCUUCACCAUUUCUGUGUUUUUUUUUUUUUUUUUUUUUUUCAAAUUUCAUGUCCCCAACUGACCUAGUCAAAAUAACAUUUAGCCAUUUCCCUCCUUCUCUCAGCUCUAGAAUGCUCUUUCCCCUUGUCCUCUGCAUUAAUCUCUCACCCACGUUUUAAUCAAAACUAAAAACAUUUCUGUCCAGAUCAGCAAUUAAUACACUAAUUUUAUUGUUUUAAUGUGUGUGUGUGUGUGUGUGUGUGUGUGUGUGUGUCAUCUUCUUUGUUGCAAAAUGUCUAGGAUGUAUUGGAAAGCUUUUAAACAUGUCUUUUUUUUACAUCAAAAUUAAAUGUGUUAUUAAAUUAAAAGCUUUCUAAAGGUUUCGUUUCCUGCAUUAAGAUGGCAUUUAUUGAAAUUAAACUGAAAACCUUUUGUACAAUUGGCUUCUCAUUCAUCACUAUUGAUGAUGUAACAAUUCAACACCAAAUUAUGCAUGAUGUUAAAAAUUAAACUGGUUAAUUACAUGCUGUUUUAAUGCAGGGUUUGCUUUACCUGGUAAAAUGCACAAAAAAGCAAAGGCAAUGGUCUGGUCUCCCACUUGUGGGACAGGGUUCAAAUCCCUGUGUUGCCCUGCUAAUUGUGUUGAUCAGUGGAAAAAACUAUUAUUCAAAAAGGCGAAAAACAAUAAAAUGUAAGUUUAAAAUCUUACUUGCUGCAAUUCACCCUAGAACUAAACACCCAUUUUGAUUUCAAGGACAACUGAUAAGAUCACACCCAUGGGCAUUUCUAGCCUGCUUUUGUGAGUACUGAAGCACCCCUAAAUUCAUCUCUAGCACCCCUAAAGUUUAACAUUUAUUUAUGUAUUUUUACAAUUUAUGGUGAUUUUUAAACACAUUACUAAUAUCUAAAAACAAUAGAACAAAACAUUGUUUUACAAACAAUAAUAUAGCAAAUCUCCCCUGUCUCAAAAAUGGUUUGAUCGUGCUCACCUUUCCAGCCUCUACUCUGAGCCUUCCUGAGUGGCUGACAUGCUGCCAUUAGGAACCACGUUUCUUUCUGUGGGAAAGUCCUGAAUCUACAUUAUUUUUCACAGGUCUUUGAAUCUUGCAUAAACUGAUUGUGAGGUGAAAACAGCAGCUGUCAAUCAAACUAGAAGGUGGGACUUUGACGCAGGUCUAGCCACUCACGAACCUCCAAAUGGUAACGUCAGAGUGAUCCAGGACUCAUGGGAGAUGAGCGCAGUGGAGAAAUGCUGUUACAAUAAAGGCUGAAGGGUUAAGCUUGGUUUAUGCUUGACACAUUCACUUUCCGCGCGGUGAUGCGGCUCGCGGCUGGAACGCGCUUCACAACUCGCAGUGUUUAUGGUUUGUGCGGCUCGUCUCUGCGGUGAGCCAAUAUUCUCCCAAACUGAACGGGGCAGCAUGGAGCUCUACGGCAUGCAUCCAACACUACACCACAGUAGAAGUAGAAAUCACUGUUUACAACAUGGCAUUUCAGCAUUUUUAACAGCGUUCUCGUCUUUUCCGACAGUGCGAGCUAUUUCUCUCCAAGAAUUAUUAACAACAUGUUGAUCACGGUGAUCUUUGAGCGCUGAAUCAUACAAAUGUCUGUAUUUACGAACCUCUGCCGUGCCGGUCCGCCAUGUUUUUCCGCGUCCGACCGUCCGCGUGGUUAGAAAUUUUCCGAGGUGCGCGUUGCGAAAAUCUUGGGCCGUGCGGAGACGCGGUGGAGGGGCGUGGUUGUUAAAAUGACGCAACUUUUCCGCGCGGAGCCGUGCGGACCUCGCGGACGCGUCAAGCAUAAACCAACCUCUAAACUUGCUCAGGUUCUUCAGUAAUCAGACAGGCUGGUGCUAAAGAAGCCCAAUAAUAAGCUUCUAAUACAGACAAGGUACUUGUGUUGUUUCAUAGCCAAACCCUUUUGAAUAGCAUUUAACAGUUGAAAAAAUCUAAUUAAAUCCUUGAUUAUUUCUUCAGACAUGUCUGAGGAAAAAAAUCAGAACAUUAAAUUUAAAUCUAACUUAUGUCAGAGAUCAAAGUCACUAAUUAUUGUUUUCUCUCCUCUAAAUUUCUACUGUAAGAGACUAUUUGUCAUUUUUGCUAAGCCACCAUUCUGUUUUAGUUUUUUAAUUUCUGGGGGGAAAAAAAGACAAUUUAUCAAAAAAAUUGGAUUUAUUUCAAUGGGAUGUUGAUAUUAGUGGAAAAUUGUGAAAAAAAUCAAAUCAUGCAUAUGUCAUACAAAGCAAACAAUGUUUAAGGAAAUGGUGCUAUAUUGAUUUUGCUGAGCUAGUAAAAACAUUUACCAGUGUUGUGUGAUAAAAUACAACAACUUUGGCAUGUUUGUGACUUUAUUUGUUGAUGUUGUUCAAGUUUUAAUUCAUCUAGAUGUUGCUGUCUUUAAUUCACGUAAAAUCUCUUUGAGCUGUUCUUGAGAGAACCAAAAUCAAUGUGGUGUAAAUUGGUGUAAAUUACACUGCAUAUUUUAUCUAGAGCCAAUUGUCUGUAGAAAUUAUUACACUUUUAAAAGUUUGUAGGUUGCACUGUAGAGAAAAUGGAUCACAUGCAAGAACAAUUUUCACAUAGUUCAGUUAGAGGUUGCAUUUAUAGGCGCUUACCAACUGCAUAAGUUCCUAGAACCAUCCUUCCAGUAAGAACAUUUUCACGUUGCAUUCGCACAGCACUCAGAAACCUUUUGGAGGCGGCCAUGACAAAACCACAUACAGCAGUGUGAAAUGUUAAGUGCCGGAAUAACAACACCAAGAAGCUAAGCUCACAAUUACACUAACGGGGCUGAGGAGGUGAGACUCUGCAUCCCCUCUGAGCCCACCAUUAUAUUACACGUCUCACCACUAGGGCAUACUCUAUCUUUACCACACUGGUGGUGUGAUGACAGAGACAAACUUUAAUGCUUUUCUGACCACGUUUUUUUUUAAGUUAUUGUAGAUUAAAUUUAUCUAGAGGGCGUUGUGACCAACCACAGA